GAGCCCUAUCGUCGGAUGAUUCUUCGUUCGCGGGGAUGGCGUAAAAAUCAAUCUGGGGACGGCAUGUCGCCAGUCAGUCGCCCAUCACAAUUGGAUGGGCCCGUAUCAUUCCCGAACCCCGAGUCCUAGCCAUUGAUGGCCAAGAUCAAGGCCGUGGCCUUGCCCCGACGUUGGGCCCAGGUGGGCACCGCCUCGGGAUUCGUCAUUAGUAGUGGGUAUAUCGCUUGGCAGCUCUACCACGGCCAUCUGUACCCGGAGACGCCCCCAGGCAGUCCCAAAUCCGAGGGGCGAUCGCGAAUCGCCACCCCCGAACCCGAAUACCUCGAAUUGACGCCCGAUGUGCUGGAUCGGUUCCGCAAAUUGGACCCGAUUGAUGCCAAAGAAGAGCUCAAGUCCAUGAUUCCCAAGCACUUGCGAAAGCCGUGGAAGUUGCUCCGGCAAGCCAAUUGGGGCACCUAUGAGGAGCAUCUCAAUGCCGUCCGGGAAUUGUCCAAGCUCAAUCUCGUGGAGGGCGAGUAUCAGCAAAUCGCUCAAUCGUGCCAAAUGAGAACGGCCAUCGGGUUGGCUCGAAACAAGGAUGUAGAUGAGCGAUUGUUUGUCCCGGCCGCGCCAGUGCCCCCGAGUUUCGCCCACACUGCCACGCCCAAAUUGUUCAAACAAAUCCUGAUGGCUCUGCCCAAACAGGAUGUGCACAAAUGCAUCGAUAAAUCCACCAUCAACGCCCUCGAGAACUAUGUGCCGGGCACGGAUGACGACCUGACGAGUGACUCUGACCUGGACUAUGAAUUUCAUCGCGACUCGCACCAUUGGGUAUCGCUACCCCGAACACGUUAUAGUGAAAGAACCACCGUUACCUAUUGUCUUCAAGCGCUUCUGAGUCAUUCUAUCAUUAAGUCACAUUGUCAAACCAUGGUCCACGCCGGCCUUCUCCCUUUACUCACCAAGGUCAUCCAAGAGUACCCCAAAGAUCCGCGGCUUCAAACGCUCAUAGGUAAGAUCUUGGCCAAUGUGAGUUUGCACGUGGACUCCCACGACGCCAUUUUCUCGUCCGGAUGGAUUGGCAUUCUCGCCCAAUGGAAAAAUGAUCCUAAUCUGCUGAUUACCCUACCCGCCACCAAGGCAUUGUGCAAUUUGGACCAAGAUUUUGGUCACAUCUAUGAACCCGGUAUCUACUUGUUGCUUCCGGAAAACCGUAACGUUCGUCAUCUCAAUGAACUUAGUAAUUGGGGCGUGGACGUGGUAUUUAUUCAUGGACUACUUGGUGGGGUGUUCUACUCUUGGCGCCAAUUGGAUCCCAAGAACGAGCGAGGUUGGGGAACAAAUGAAUUGGUCAGUACUGAGGAUUACUCCUAUUGUUGGCCUCGAGAUUGGCUGGCCUCUUUUGGCGAUCAUGUCCGAGUCUUGGGUGUAGAUUUUGACACCUACCUCAGUCAAUGGGGAAAUAUCUGUCCCAUGGAGAGCUUCAAAUCCAAUCUUCACGAUCGAAGUCUGGAUAUCUUCCAAAAGCUAAAAGCCAGUGGGAUAGGCAAACGGCCCGUUAUUUUCGUGGGCCAUUCCAUGGGUGGGUUGAUUGUCAAGAAGAUGCUCACCACGGCACAACAAAGUCCUUUGGAUGAAGACCGAGAAUUCGCCCGUAACACCAAGGGUGUGGUGUUCUACGGCACGCCUCAUAACGGCUCACAAAUAGCUAAAUUGAAUUCGGCCUCAAAGUUUUUCUUUUUCCCAACCGUCGAGGUUCAGGAUUUAGAGGCGGAUUCUCCUCGUUUGGCCGAACUUCACCAAUCUUUUCUCGAUUUUGCGCGAACGAGCACGAUUGACAUCGUGAGCUUCGGAGAAACCAUCACCACCCCCUAUUUGGGCGUGGACUUGACUUUUGUCCCACCUGAGUCCUCAAAUCCCGGUGUGGGUAAACACUACUCUGUCCCGGCCAAUCACAUGAACGUGUGCAAACCCAGCGGUAAAGACUCGAUGUUGUACCGUAAACUCGUCACCAUCAUUCACAAGGCUUUGGAAGAGGCCACCCCCUUCGAAACCUAGUCCUAAGGUCCUCUUACGUUAGAUAGUGGUCACACCCUGACUGAGUGACCACGAUGCUCCUUAUUACGCUUAGCCAUCAUCGUCAAGUUUCUAUUAAGCAACGUUUUCGCACAUUGCCUCCCAAAACGGAUUAAAAGAUGACCGACCCUGAGUGAAUUAUCAUAGACCACAUGCUGAAAUAUUUACAAUGCAAAUGGCAAAAAGCCCGACUGGCAUUUCUUAUAUCCAAUUCAUGGUGGGUUCUCAUUCUAUUAACAGUAUAAAGGAAAUAAAAACUGUUAGAUACCUUUGUA